GUCCUCCGCGCUACUCGGCCGGGUCCCGCCUAUUUUCUGCUGUCCUGGACCUUUAGGCUGGUCUUGGCCCAUUUGAAGACCAGGAAGUUGAUAAAUCGCGAGGCCCGCUGCUGAGAGACGGUGGCUCGGGUGGGACAGUCGCCAGGGAUGGCGGAGCGUGAGGAUGGAGCGGGUGUCCGGGCUGUUCUCCUGGACGCUGAGCAGAGUCCCGUGGCUCACCGGCCUCUUUGAGCGGGGAGCUGCCCGGCAGCCCCGGAUCAUGGAAGAAAAAGCGCUAGAGGUUUAUGAUUUGAUUCGAACUAUCCGGGACCCAGAGAAGCCCAAUACUUUAGAAGAACUGGAAGUGGUAACUGAAAGUAGUGUGGAGGUUCAGGAGAGAAACGAAGACGACUAUUUGGUUAUUAUCAGGUUCACGCCAACAGUACCUCACUGCUCUUUGGCAACCCUUAUUGGGCUGUGCUUAAGAGUAAAACUUCAGCGGUGUUUACCGUUUAAACAUAAGUUGGAAAUCUACAUUUCUGAAGGAACCCACUCAACAGAGGAAGACAUCAACAAGCAGAUAAAUGACAAAGAGCGAGUGGCAGCUGCAAUGGAAAACCCCAACUUACGGGAAAUUGUAGAACAGUGUGUUCUGGAACCCGACUAAUAACUGUUUCAAGAGCCACUUACCUUUAAUUGUUUGAUAUAUUUGUUUAAAUUCUUUGUAAAAUGUAAAAGACUCAUGUUUAAUACAUAGGUGAUUUGUACCUCAAGGCAUUUUUUUUAACGGAUGAUUUGCAAGCAAGAUUUCAUUAUAAGCAGUACCUAGUUUGUUCAGUGGAUAACAUUCUCAGGAUUUGUAACACUUAAAUGAUCGGACAGAAAAAUAUUUUCUAGUGAUUAUGUGUCAGAGGACUUGCAAUUUUCUGACGCCUCUUCUGAUACAACUACUUUUCAUGUCAAAUAUUUACUGUGCCCAGAUGUAUUCAAUUUAAAUCAUUACUGUAGAAUAAAUAAAAUAGACAUGAUUCUUGUAAUGAUGUACCUUAGAAUGUUUACGUUGAAUUGUAAAUCUUAGGUAAAUGUCAACUCUAAAAGGUAUCUACAUAAUAAUCAGAAAUCUGAGAACCAGAAAGAAUGCUUAAAAGCUGGCAUAGGCUCUGCCUUCCUUCAGGGAGAGUCCUGGACCCAUCUGUAGAUAAGGAUCGAAUGUGGAGCAGGCCAGAUAAUAUACAUAAUUUUGAAGAUCAAGAAGUGCCCUAAAGAAGUUUGUAUUAAACCAAACUAAAUUUA